UGACAUUAGCCUCCUGCCAUCGACGGUCGACCAAAGGUUUGAGGUUACUUCGUACAAAAUAAGCGAUAUAAUCUCAAAUUUAUUUAAAGUGCUCUUUAUUUCAAAAACACUACCUGUUAAAUAUAAUUUUUGCAAACCAUGGCUACCGUAUCCACUGCCCCAGCACCUGGAAUGCAUCAAAUUGACUUAUCCAAGCUCAAUUUGCAGCAGUUGGCUCAACUGAAACAACGACUGGAUCAAGAAAUGACUGUAUUUCAAGAUUCUUUACACACGCUCAAGAUAGCACAUGGAAAGUUUAUGGAGUCUGGAGAAUGUGUUGAGAAAAUUACCCCGGAUACUAAAGGAAAAACCAUAUUGGUGCCCCUGACGGGUUCAAUGUAUGUUCCUGGAUCCAUAUCUGACACAGACAAUGUGAUGAUUGACAUAGGGACUGGAUACUAUGCUCAAAAGGACAUAGAGGGUGCUAAGGACUACUUCAAGAGGAAAGUAGCAUUUGUAAGCGAACAAAUGGAGAAAAUAAAAACAUUAGGCUCUGAAAAGUCGAAAGUUCACAAAGCUAUCUGCAUGAUGAUAGAAAUGAAGUUCCAGGCUCAGAUGCAGGCAGGGAAACCCAACGCCUCAUAACAAUAAAUACUUCCUAAGGAAUAUUUGCUUUAACAUUUGAGUAGCCUUUAUACAAGGAUCUGUUGAAGUAUACAUUGGAAUCUUGAUAUAGUACUAUGCAACCCAAAUAUGUGGAAAUCAGAGAUUUUGCUAUAUUUUGAUGCAAACUUCUUCUAGGAUAAAUUUAUAACAGUGUUUCCACAUAAAAAAAUAGUCAUAGGCUAAGUAUAUGCAGUUGCUUGUAAACUGUAAGGUUUGACAAGAUUCUAAUGUUCUUAUUUCAAAUAUAUUAAUGUUGCAAUAAUGUGCAUUUCUGUUUUGAAUUAUUGAUAUUUAUAAAGUGUAUAACCUCGUUUUGUUAAAUGAUCACAACCUUGUUAACCUCUCUAUUGUCCUGGAUCUAGUUUGAUAAUAAAUUAAUAUCAGUA